AUGCCUGCAUCCGCGUGGAAUGGACCCAAUUUCAUUGCAACAGUUCAUGUCACCCAGCCAACACCCGUCGCCAUCAGCUCGAUGACAGGCAUCUUCGUGCUUGUCUUCCUCGUCAAAUGUGAAGCAGCAAAGGGGAAAAAAUGGCGUGGAUUGGGAGUAUCAUUUCGGAUAGUACCCAUAGCUGGCGCUCUCUCGUACGUUGAUACGCAUGAAAAGGCUACAGGUUACAUUGAAGACCAUAGCAUAAAUGGCAUCCAACGCUGCAGAUUUGUCCUUGGACCUAAUGCAGACAUCUUGCCCCAGGGAUGCACGGAGCGCACAGAUGACUCCGCUACCCAUAUCGCUGAAGACUCGGACUCCGGUAGCCGGUGCUCAGCGUACACAGCACUCGUUACUCAUUGCAAUCCUCGCGGGUGUAUUCGGGACGCAAGUACUGGGCUAGCUUCUCUCCAUCGGGUGCUCCUUUACAACCGCUUCAUUGUUGCCCAGCCCAGGCUCAACGUCAGCGGUCACGGUGGUUACGAAGAAAUCACAAACUAUACUAGUAUGACCCACUCCCUAACGGUGAUAUCUGUUGACGGUCUUUGUCCUUCGAAUUUGCCACGCUUCCAAACCUUCAACCCUGAUAUGGAGAAUCUGUAUGACGGCGCACAACCGCCAGUAGGCCAAAGACGUUCGUACACAAAACACAGUAGUUAUGUCGCGCUGUCUGGAGGUUUUAUGGGGUACAUCCCCCUUCCAAGUUCAGAAGGAGAUCAAGAGCAUCCCAGUGCAAGCGCUGGGCCUGACUCGCAGAGUCACACCCUACCAAUACAAUCCUCCAUCACACUUCCGAGUCCAGGCUCAGACUUAGUCACGGUGCCCACGCCAAUCUCAACAUCACCUACCAGUGCGCCCCCGUCGUCUCCACCGCCUUCAGACCAUCCCAUCCUUCCAUCGUCUGACAAUUACGAGUCGGCCCCAGAACCACAGUCAUCGGUGGUUGAUAGCCAAGCCACCUUCGAGUUGCUGCAGGCAUUGGCAUCGGUGGUGCCCGGAGUCGGUAGUGUUGAAUUUCCAGAUGAGUUACACUCCCAGGAGUUGGAGGACUCGCAGUACAAUCAGUUGGAGGAGGAGAUUAUUCAAUGGCCCGUGUUGUAG